CUGGGGACCACGUGAAAUUCAACUACCCCAUGGCCUACAGUACCACAGCGUUGGCCUGGGGCUACCUGGAAUAUGCAGAUGCUUACAAGGCCGCCGGACAAACGGCCUACUUCUUGGACAGUAUCAAAUGGUCCUUGGACUACCUUUUGAAAUGUCACACUGGUCCUGAGGAACUGUAUGUUCAGGUGGGCGAUGCGGGACUUGACCACGGUUACUGGGGAGCACCUGAGAAGAUGACCAUGGCUCGACCUGGUUACAAGAUAACGGCUGCAAAACCAGGCUCCGAUAUUGCUAUGGAAACUGCCGCCGCUAUGGCGGCUGGUCACUUAGUUUUCAAAGAUUCAGACCCAGCCUAUGCUGCUACACUUCUUGAUCACGCCAAAGAGCUCUGGGAAUUCGGAAACAAAUACCACGGGAAAUACAGCGACUCUGUGUCUGCAGCUGCAUCAUUCUACAGCUCAGCCAAUUUCACCGAUGAACUAGGCUGGGGCUCCCUUUGGUUACACAAAGUUACCAAAGACAGCAAAUAUUUGGAGGUGGCAGAAAAGUGGUUUGACCCCGAUCCUGCAUGGGGCCAGUCUUGGGAUGAAAAGACAAUUGGUAAUCAGAUUCUCAUGUACAAAGCUACAGGCGAUGAGAAGUACAAGACAUCUAUUGAGAAUUCCUUCAAGGGUUGGUUACCUGGAGGUAAAGUGCCAUAUACACCAAAAGGGUUGGCCUUCAGGCUGCAGUGGGGCUCACUGAGAUAUUCAUGUGAGUUAUUUCUAAGACGCUGGGCAAUGUGUCAGAUCCACUACGCUCUAGGAGACACGGGCUUCAGCUUCGUUAUUGGCAUCGGCAGCAAAUAUCCACACAGUCCUCAUCACAGAUCUAGUUCGUGUCCCAAACUACCAGCACUGUGUGGAUCUGAUGUGAUGAGCAGUGGACAGCCCAAUGUGCACACAUUGUAUGGAGCAAUGGUCGGCGGGCCAGGCGACCACGAUGAUUAUACAGAUGACAGGGGCAACUUCGUCAACAAUGAAGUGGCCUGUGAUUAUAACGCUGGGUUGCAAAGCGCCGUUGCUGGUCUGAAGCAUCUUCUUAUCACUGGAGAGCACCCAGAGAAGUUGGGAAAUGCAGAAUGCCCUUACAGUUAA